AUGGAUUCAUCAAGGCGAACAAAUGGUACCAAUGAUGCGAACCGUAAAUUAGGCUGUCCUAUACCAUUAUCAUCCGGUUGUUUACGUGGAUUGCCUUUGCCAUCUUCGUUUAAGGAAGGCAUCAAAAUGAAAUGCAGCAACACACAAUGCUCAUAUCAGGAUCAGUUGAUGCAUCUGGAAUGUUUUCAUGCAUUAGAAGAUAAUCUCGUCAAGAUUAUGAGCAACACAGGAUCAGCUCGCGGAUGGACUAAUGCACAAAGACGAUCAAAUUUAUGGGAUAAGAAAGGUUUAUCACUGAUCCAACGAAAAUGUCGCUGUCUUUGUGGCUUAGGACUUAUGCGACUUGACCAAACAGCGAUAUUUAUAGCCAAUCGAAAUGCAACUCCAUUACCGACAGCACUGCCAAAAACCAAAAAAGGAAGGAAAAAUCUCCCACGAUUAAAUUUUGGCUCAGCAAAUGUAGCAACAACUCAAAACGAUAAGCAUUGUACCAAAAAUGGGAACAAGGAACGAAGCACCUUCUUUCGUUCGAUUUCACCCAGUGAUAGCUCUCUUUCAGCAUCAUCGUCAGUAGCGAAAUACAGCCAUGAUAGCGAGCGCCGCACAACAUUACAUACAUUCCAUAGAGGGAAAUGCGAUCCAGAAACAAGAAAUACAAAAAGCGAAUACGGAUGGACCCAGAAGAAGCCGGCUACACACACACCUGCUAUGGAAAAAACAUUUAUUUCAAAAAAGGUUAAUGAGAAGAUUUCAUAUGCGGAAGCCACCUUAAUGAAACAUAAUGAUAGAGAAUUUAUAUUCAAUGAAAGUCAAUUCCCUAAGGCCGAAGAUGUUGCUAUGCGAUCAUUAUCCUUUUGUGCGGCACUUCGAGAUUUACAAAUGCAAAACUUUGAUGCUCCUCAAACUCAUCAAUUAUUCGAUUCUGUGGACUUGCCGAUAAAUACUUCAACUAUUUCGCUCCCAUCAGAGGAUUUACAAUAUUCAUUGCAUUAUUCUGUUAGUAGUGAUGAUACAUUUGAAUCCAGGAGUUAUUAUCAAUUCGAUUCCGAAUUCUUUGCUGGUCCAAUUGAUUUUUCGACGGUACUGCCAUCACCGCCUGAGACACCAUCCGGCUCGCUUUCAUUUACAGAUGAUAACAGUCAAGUGAUAUCGCAUAAAGAUGAUGUUCUUCAAGACGCUAAUGAAUCGACCGGUUAUUACAGUCUUUUUGCUGGAUAUUCAUUCUGUCUUGGAGAAAUUCUGAUUGCCGAAAGCUAUCUUCCAGGGCUAAUUUAA